AUGUCCAUGGCCGACGACAUUGGAGUGAUGGAGGCUAUUUACAGCCAGCGCCAGAUCACGCGCUAUCGCCGCGACCCCGUCUCCCGGGAGGACAUUGAGAAGAUCAUUGACGCGGCAAUACGCGCUCCCAGCGGGGGGAAUACGCAACCGUGGCACUUCAUCGCCAUCACCGAACGGGACCUCAUUGAGAAGAUCGGUGGACUGUACCGGGAUAUCUGGCUGGGAGCCCAGGGGGCGGAGCCAGGACCCAAUGAGCCCCCGGCGUACCAGCAGGCCCGGCACCUGGCCAACCGAAUGCCUGAGGUUCCGGCGAUGAUUCUUGUCUGCGUCGACCACUCCAAGGGCUCGGCUCCGUAUACGCCGGGUCAGCCCGUAGAGCGGGGGCGCUAUGCGUCUUCGGUCUGGCUGGCUAUCCAGAACCUGUUCCUGGCCGCCCCGGGCCCUUGGGCUGGGCACGCGGAUUACGACAGUACACAUUCGGGGCGAGGAGCAGAUCAAGGAUUGGCUGGGCAUCCCGGAACACGUGGAGACGGUGUGCCUGACGCCGCUGGGGUAUCCUCGGGGCAGCUUCGGGCCAACUCAGCGGACACCUGCCGAGGAAGUCAGCUCCUUCAACCGGUAUGGGAGCCGCUAGCAGUCCUGACGAUUCGGGGCGCGCAGCCCCUCGUCCCCCUGGUUGCCCUGCAAUAG